AUGGAAGAGAAAGCGCUCUUCGCAGACUACGAGGACCCUGCCUUCUCAUCCGCUUCACAUCGAGGGGCGUCCAAGCACUUCAUCAGCAAGGCAGCAUCGUCUCUCCAACCUUCAAAUGCCUUGAAACUCAGCAAACGAUUUGCCUACUGCUUCACCCCUCAAGCAGUACGGUCGUAUUGCUUCGGCGACUCGGGCCCACCGCCCAAGAGGUUUCCCACCAGCUAUCUCAGCGGUCUCCGAGGCCUGACGGCUCUCAAAGUAUUUACCUUCCACUGGACAUUUGCAUUCAGUGAUCUGGGCUACAAGCCGUACGGGACGACGGAGCGGUAUACGUAUUUCCUGGAGCUGCCCAUCAUUCGAUACAUCCACUCCGGGUUCACCGCACACAUCUUCUUCGCCGUGGCCGGCUACUUGACGUCUCUACGGCUCUUCCAGAUCCUCGACCGCCAUGACCAGGCAUCACAGACCAAAGCCUUUGUCAACAUCUCCGGGGCGCUCUUCCGGCGAGCGUUUCGACUGUACCUGCCGACGUUCAUCAUCACGUUGCUGUUCACCCAUUACAUCCACUUCGGCUUCUACGAGCAUAACCGCCCGUACCUCGACGACCAUGAGAAACUGUUUCCCGGCGUCUGGCAGGAGCCCAAGCCGGAGCUGAUGGCCAGCUACUACGCCCAACUGCGAUACUGGGCCAGCGAGAUGUUCCAACUGACCAACAUCUUCCUGCCAACCACGGCAUACUACCCCUUCAUCGACCAGCACCUGUGGUCCAUCCUGGCGGAGAUGCGGGGCUCGCUGUGUCUGUAUUUCGUCUUGAUGGCCACGGCUCAGUGCCGGACCUACAUCCGCCUGACCAUGCUCUGCUGCAUGACCGUCCUGUUCUUCCUCUGGAACCACUGGGAGGUGUGGAUAUACCUGCUCGGCGGGAUCGUCGCCCAGAUCAACAUGAUCAUGGGCGACCCUGAGUCGGACAAGGACAAGAAAUCCACCAUGGGUGGUCUGCUGGCUCCGCCGUCACGGUCGCCGUCAACCCAGUUCAUAGGCAGCAGCAGCGGCAAGUCGAGCUCGACCUCGAGCUCGGCAUGGAUCCAGAUCACCCCGCCCACCACGCUGCGGGCGUAUGUGCGCACAUUCUGGUUUCUGGUCGCCUUCUAUUUCCUGUCCUACCCGAUCUGGGGCUGCGAGCCGACCGAAACGGCCAUCGGGUACCAAACGCUCAACAUGCUCAUUCCGGAGUGGAUGGAGCGGAAGGACAAGUUCUAUCCCAACCUCGGCACGGCCUUGUUGCUUCUGCUCCUUGCCCGGUCGUACGACUCGACGUCCAAUUGGCGGAGGCUGCUCAACAGCGAUAUUGCCCAGUACAUGGGCAAGAUCAGCUUCGGGUUAUAUCUCACCCAUGGGCCCGUGUUGCAUGCUGUCGGCUAUAUGAUCCCGCAGUAUAUCUGGUGGGGGAUGGGCGUCGAGGGUGUGGACACGACCAAUACCGUCUGGUUCGUCGUCUUGUUCAUUGGCUGGGCCAUCAGCCUGACGCUGUGUCUGUGUGUGGCAGAUGUGUGGACGCGAGAAGUCGAGGGCCGGUGCGUCAAGUUUGUCAAGAAGAUCGAGGAACUGUGUUUCGUCAGGGUUUGA